CCCUUGCGGCACUUCCGCCCCGGUGUAUCCCAUCAUGCCCGGCGCUCCCUCACAGCCGCCAUGGCGCAGGGCCGCCCCAAGGCCGCGGCCAAGCGCCCCAAAGCGGCAACGGCAGCGGCGGCGGCGGCGCGGAGCUCUCGGGGCCCGCGGAAAGGAGGCCGCACCAUCGCCCCCAAGAAGCUCCGCGUGAUCCAGCAGCAGAAGCUGAAGAAGCGCCUGGAGGUCGGGAUCCGGAUGAGGAUCGAGCAGGAGACCGUGCAGAGAGCGCAGGGAGCGCUGCCCAAGAAGCUGGCGCUGGUCACGGCGCCCAAGGGCGGCAAGGACAAGGACAGAGCCAAGAAGGGGCGAGGAUGAACCCCAAAAACGAGCCCUGAACCCCCCAAAACCCUGGGGAACAAGCCUUGAACCCUCUAUGGGGGAAACUGGGGGAGUCUGGGCUGAGAACAGCCCCAAAACCGAGCCCUGAACCCCCCUCAAUGAGCUCCACAAGGGUCUGGGGGAGUUUGGGCUGAGAACAGCCCCAAAACCCCCCGGGAUCGACCCCUGAACCCCCCAAAAUCCCCCCAGGAAUGAGCCCUGAACCCCCUCAAUGAGCCCCACCAGGAUUUGGGGGUGUCUGGGCUGUUCUCAGCCCUCCAAAACCCCGAAAGCAA